GCACGUUAUAAACAAAAACAACACCAAUUUAGUUGAACCAAAAUGAAUGCGAUAUAUGGAAAAGUUGCUCUAAUAAGUGGAGGUGCUGCAGGAAUUGGUUUGCACUAUGCCAAAGAGCUUCUACGUAAUGGCCUGCGGGCUGUCACACUUGCUGAUGUAAGCGAAGAAAGAGGGAAGCAUGCUGUUGAAGAGUUGACCAAAGAGUUUGGAGGCAGUCGGUCUUUAUUCGUGAAAACGGAUGUUACCGACAAAGAGCAGUUUGCAGAGGCCUUCGAGAGGACAGUCGACACAUUCAAGAACAUUGACAUGUUGGUUAACAAUGCAGGAAUCAUGAAUGAUGCGGUGUGGGAAAGACAAAUUGGUAUCAAUUUUGUAGGUACGAUAAUCGGCUGCAUUUUGGCUUUACACCAUUACCUUCCCAAGUAUAAGACGGCAAAUGAGGGAAUAAUAGUAAAUGUUGCCUCCACGACAGGUUUAGAAGUAUUUGGAGCAAUUCCGGUUUAUGUGGCGACUAAACAUGCUGUUGUCGGACUGACCCAAUCUUGGGGCACCGAGAGCCAUUACAAGCGGACACAAGUGCGUUUUUUGGCUUUGUGUCCAGGACCAACAGACACUACGUUGGCGCUGGAUGGGUUGGACAAAAAUCUUGGACCAGCUUAUCAAGAUAUUUUUAGAGAAAGCCAACCGUUUGUCACUCUUCAGGGGCCUGAAUACGUCGCCAAAGGACUACUUCACGCAAUAGAGCAUGGAGAAAAUGGUUCAAUUUGGGUUGUAGAGGAUAGCGAAGUACCUUAUGAAGUUGUUAUUCCUUCAAGAGAGAAGCUAAAAAUUAUUAAUUACCACGAUUCAGAGCUUAUGUAAACGUUUUGAAAGCAUAGCCAAAUUUUAGCUUUAAUCAGAGUGUUCUUUCUUUAAUGAAUUUCUCAAAUUAAUGCUCUAUACGAAAUCCUUCAGCGAAAUCAAAAGUUCUAGAGUGUAGUUUUUUUUAGAGCAGUUAAUCCUUGUUUUCAUGGGUUGAUGGGUCUACAAAGCAUUAAAAUUCUAAUUGUUCAGCGUAUCUUACGUGUAUUAUACUAAACACGGCUCUGUUAAUUACUUACACCCGGUAAAUUUAAAGUAGUAUAUAUUAAACGGAUUCUGUUUCAGUACCAUUAACUAACGUUUCAUUUAUUUUAACUGUUAUAGUGCUUUUGCCAUUCUCGCGCAGUUUACUAGUCAAAAUGAAUACAAACACUAUGUAUAACUAUCAUAAUCCCUGUAUACUUAAAUUUAACCAUGUAUACAUUUUUCGAAACUCCCUAUACAUUUACUUAUUAUC